AUGCAUUUCAGAAUGAAAGUUCUGGAGAAUUCAAGCAAGCACAACACGCCGAAAAAGCAGAAAACGUUUCAGCACUACCUCCCUGCCGGCGACCGCUGCUACAGUUGUAUUCACUGCAGAGCCAACCUCGCCGCUCACGCCGAGCUCAUUUCGAAGAGUUUUCAGGGGAGUCAAGGAAAAGCGUACCUGUUCAAUGCAGUUGUCAAUGUAGGAUGUGGGCCAGCUGAGGAGCGUGUACUAUUGACCGGCCUUCACGCGGUUGCCGAUAUUUAUUGCGAGAUCUGCAAAACGACGUUGGGAUGGAAAUAUGAGCACGCAUUCGAAUCGAGUCAAAAGUAUAAGGAGGGGAAAUUUAUUAUCGAGCUGGCACAUAUGGUGAAAGAUAAUGGAUGGGAUGAGCAGAAUGAUUCAUAACACACGGUUUCUAUAUUUAUAUUAUCCAAGGGACUGGAGAGUUGCACCUGACAUCUUCCGGGUUUCGCCUGCAUCAGCCCGUGAGAUGUCGGCCGCAACUACCCUCUCCAUCAUCUCAAAUUACUAAACUUUGACGGCUUGUAUCUCAGUUGUCUUUGCAUUUAUCCAAAAAAUUCUAACUGGUGAAUUCUUUAUUUUUUGAUACUCUACAUUUCAGUUAUUGAAUCUUUUUGAUAAAUUUGCAAAACAACAAGUUAUAAGCUCUCAAAGUAAGUUCCUAUGAUCUCAUUCCCCUUGUCUUUGUACAUACAGUGUUCAUAUUUUGCCUUUCAUUCCCUGCUUCCUUUUCUCUUUUUCUCCCUCUCGCUUUACUCUCAUCCGCCACUCACAUCUCUGCUGAACGAUUUUGGGUCUUGAAACAAGAGAUCCCAAAAAAUUGAUCAAUCCAAACUGCAGAUAUACACAUUUCAUCUACUUUUUCCCUAUUUGUCUCCAUUCACUAUAGGUACUUUUCCCCCCCCCAUUGACGGUUUCAAUUUUCCAAUUUUUCUAUUAUCCUCCUCCUGAGUCUAACCACUUUUUUGAUUGUGACGUGGCUGAUUUUCUGUCGUUUUCUUUUUUUUUCAUUCCGAAAGAUAAACUUUUCAUUGAACUUUUUAAUACGAAAAUAAACUCUUCCGAAACUC